CCCGCCCCGACGACUGGGCUAGAGAGUGCAUGCACAGUGAACCUGCAAAGAGCACUUGGGACUCUGCACCCUCGGGUGGGGUGUGCGUACGCGCUCACCUUCCGGGCGGCUUAGUCAGUCCUCCUUUGCCAGUUCAUGGAAGAGGCCAGUUCCCAGCCGCCUGGAGACGACCUAGAACUCUCAGCGCUCCGGGAUGAGCGGAGGCCUCUCAAUGGAGCCGUCCUGGUUAUCCCUUCUUCAGCAGAGGAGCCCUGCUCAGACCAGGUUAAAAAAGAAAGCCCCUGGAGCUCCUGUAAUAAAACUUUGUUCGGAAAGUGCAAACUCUGGAUGGCCAUCCUCUCUGUUUUCCUAGGUUUCAUAAUCUUGAUCAUCAUAAGCUUAGUUCUUAUUAGAGUAACUUAUAUCGAUGAAGAUGAAAAUGAAAUACCUGAACUUUCCUCAAAUAAAACAUUCUUCAUCACACUAAAGAUUCCAGAGGAGUGUGCCACCGAAGAGGAGUUACCUGUCCUACUCACUAAACGGUUCACAGAUGUAUACAGUUCAUCGCCUUCUCUGAGUCCGUAUUUUACUUCAGUUGAAAUAAAUAACUACAGUGUUGAAAAUGCUACCAUAACCUACCACCUGCAGUUUGGGGUUCCCUCAGAAGAUGAUGCUUUUAUGAAGCACAUGAUGAGUGAGGAGUUUGUGUUAGCGGUUUUGCUGCAGAAUUUCCAUGAUGAGAGCAUACCUGGUUGUGAGACUCUGGGGCUGGAUCCAUUAUCUGUCUGGCUCGAUGAAUGAAGUGGUGGACAUCAGUCUGUUUCUGACGCUGUGCUCUCCUGGCUUUUGGAGAUGAGAAGGUUUCAUACCAUUUUACAGAGAAAAGCCUGUGAAUUAACAUGAAUGGACUUGGCCACAACUAGAGGAUGGAUUGUUUUUUCCCUCCUGACCUGCAUAGUUGUCAAGUUUGCCUCUGUGUCAAGGAAGAACAGCAUUAAGCACUACCCCAGUUGUGGUUCCCAAGACAAGUCUUGACAAAACCAGGCAGCCAUUGGUGAGGAGAGUGGAUGGAAUUUGCACUGCGGAGUUACGGCUAUUCUUGAUAUGCUGACUACCUCCACCUACACAGGGACACUCAGCUUAUAUAAAGCUGGCCUUUCUGACAGGGUCCUGCUAAUUUUGCUUGUGGAGAGAGGCACACAGUCAGGUGAAGAAGAAUAGAACCAGCAGAGUCUCUGAAAGCUCCGCUGCUGUCUGCCCACCAUUAUGUUUUUCUGCCUCUAAGCUGGACUUUGAGGGGAAAGAAGGCACUGAAGGAACCUUGACCAUAAGUGUUCUUCGUCUGCUUUUGCUUGCAUAGUUUAGCACACUAAGAACAUCAUCCAGUGCUGUGAUGUGUAGCUACCAAAAUAAGACAUGUACUUUUUAGUCAUUUUGCAUCUCCUUAUUGUUCCUGUUACUCCAUAACAUCUCUUGGAAAUAUGGGUUGCACUUACUCCUAUCAUUUUGACCCAUUUCUAUUUAUCCUUUCACAAAAUUCCCUCAGAGAGUUACUAGGACUGCUUUGUCUCCCACAGCAGCUUCUACACCUUGGUUUGAUGGUGUGUAGUGUGACUUGCCAUACUCUCAGCUCCUUGUUUUCAGGCAUUAGUUGGGACUCUUAUUGGAGAUAGCUAUGAAACUGGGAGAAAGAACUUCUCAGCUUGAAAUAAACUGCUGGAUAUUACACCCAUUCACUUGGGGAUUGAGGAAUUUUAGUGAACAUAUUGGUUGACUACAGAUAUAGAAUUGUCUGUUGUGAAAGAACAGGCAUUUAUUUUGUUGGGGAAAUUGUUUUGCUGCAAAUUGCCCAGGAGAAAGAGUUUUGUGGUCAUCUAGCAAGGAUUCAUCACACCCCCAGGUCAGUUAAAUUGGCCCAGGGUAUUGAAUGUCCAUGCAGAGAUGCAGCCAAGUGUGUGUAACAAACUAGAUUAGACUGGAACUCUUAUGACUCUAAGUAAUGUGAGUUUCCUUUCUCAGUUUAUUAUAAGACACACUGAUUAGAAGUUGGUGUCUUGUUUUGAGCCUAGUUCCUUAAACUCAUAAAAUUUUGUUUUCCUUUUUUUUUACGUAUCAAAUGUAAACUGCAGUUUUUAUACAUUAUAGAAAAUAAUGAAAAUUUGAUUUAAAAUAUUUACAAUAAAUUACUUUUGUUUCUUUA